CUAUCCUCCUCAUUAUCCGUAACUUAAAUUCUCUUUCCUUCAUCUCACUAUUCUUUAUAAAGGAAAAAAAGAACGCCGGAAAAACCAUGGCUCCUAGAUCAAAACCCAGCCCGAUUAACCCGAAUCUCGACCCGAAUUCCAAGGAGAUCCGUUACCGGGGUGUUAGAAAGCGCCCAUGGGGCCGUUACGCCGCCGAGAUUCGGGACCCGAGAAAAAAGACCCGGGUCUGGCUUGGCACCUUCGACACGGCUGAGGAAGCAGCGCGUGCCUACGACACGGCGGCACGAGAGUUCCGUGGGGCUAAGGCCAAAACAAAUUUCAUGGAAAACAACGUCAACAACUUCACGCGCAGUCCCAGCCAGAGCAGCACCGUGGAGUCUUCUUCUCCGCCGCCGUUGGACCUCACUUUAGCCAGCGCGUGUUUUUCUCUCCCCGUGACGGCGAAUCGUCCGACGCUUUUCUUUGACGCCUUUGCUUCUGCCGGUUCGGGUUGUCCCGACUCAGGUGGGGCCCAGAGCGAUUCAGAUUCGUCGUCUUCGGUUGUUGAUUUUGAAGGAGGGGCGCAACGAAGAGUGCUUGAUCUUGAUCUUAAUCAGUUGCCAGCUGAGAUGGAAUGAUACUUCUGUUUUUGCCGGAUAUCGUUUUGAGCUUUGAUUCUCUGCGUUUUUGGCUUUCCUUUGUUUUUUUGGGUUAAAAGCUGACAUGUAAUGUAUAUAAGGAAAAUGUAACUUCUAGAGUUCUAUUUUUGGCAACUUUGAGAAAAUUUUCUCAUUGUUGUUUCUACUUUAUUAUAAUUAAAUUUAAAUCAUAAUGUUA